GGGCCCCCCCUCCCCGCCGGGCCGCCUCCCUCCGCCGGAGCUGCCGCAGCGCCGCUCGGAGCCCAGGUGCCCCCAGGUGCGCCCAGGUGCGCCCAGGUGCGCCCAGGUGCCGCGAUGAUGUGCGAGGUGCUGCCCACCAUCAGCGAGGACCCCCGGCGGGGCUCGGGCCCCCCGGAGGAGCCGGGGCUGGAGCAGCUGAUGGUGCAGAUGCUGCGGGAGCGCGAGCGGCUGCUGGAGACGCUGCGGGACACGCAGGAGGGGCUGGCCACGGCUCACCUGCGCCUGCGGGACCUGGCCCACGAGAGGGACCUGCUGCAGCGGCAGCUCAACAGCGCCCUGCCCCAGGAGCUGGCCGCUCUGACCAAGGAGCUGAACCUGUGCCGGGAGCAGCUCCUGGAGCGCGAGGAGGAAAUCGCCGAGCUCAAGGCGGAGAGGAACAACACCCGGCUGCUGCUGGAGCACCUGGAGCACCUGGUGUCGCGCCACGAGCGCUCCCUGCGCAUGACCGUGGUCAAGCGCCAGGCCCAGAGCCCGGCCGGGGUCUCCUCCGAGGUCGAGGUGCUCAAGGCCCUCAAGUCGCUCUUCGAGCACCACAAGGCCCUGGACGAGAAGGUGCGGGAGCGGCUGCGGGUGGCCCUGGAGCGCGUGGCCGUGCUGGAGGAGGAGCUGGAGGUGUCCAACCAGGAGUCCCUGUCCCUGCGGGAGCAGCUCUCUCUGUCCCGGCGCCGCUCGGGCCUGGAGGACGCGGCCACCGACGGGGACAGCGCGGCCAGCCCCGAGCGCCGGCGCGAGGCCGAGCUGGAGGCGUCGCUGGGCCGGCAGCGCGUGGCCGCUCUGUGCCGCCAGCUGGGGCGGCUCCAGGACGAGGCCAGCGCGGCCCAGAGGGAGCUGGCCCGGGCCCACGAGGCUGGAGCCAAGCUGCAGAGGGACCUCAAGGAGGCGCUGGCCCAGCGCGAGGACAUGGAGGAGCGCAUCACGACGCUCGAGCGGCGCUACCUGAGCGCCCAGCGCGAGGCGACGUCGCUGCACGACGCCAACGACCGGCUGGAGAACGAGCUGGCCAGCAAGGAGAGCCUGUACCGGCAGAGCGAGGAGAAGGGCCGCCAGCUGCAGGAGUGGCUCGAGGACGCCAAGGCCAAGCUGCAGCUGACCCUGCAGAAAGCCGAGACCCUGCCCGAGAUCGAGGCCCAGCUGGCACAGAGGGUGGCGGCGCUCACCAAGGCUGAGGAGCGCCACGGGAAUUUCGAGGAGCGGCUCCGGCAGCUCGAGGCUCAACUGCAGGAGAAGAACCAGGAGCUGCAGAGGGCGCGGCAAAGGGAGAAAAUGAACGACGAGCACAACAAGCGGCUCUCGGAGACCGUGGAUCGGCUGCUGAGCGAGAGCAACGAGAGGCUGCAGCUGCACCUCAAGGAGAGGAUGGGAGCCAUCGAGGAGAAGAAUUCGCUGAGCGAGGAAAUCGCCAACAUGAAGAAAAUGCAGGACGAGCUCCUGCUCAACAAGGAGCAGCUGCUGGCCGAGAUGGAGCGGAUGCAGCUGGAGCUGGAUCAGCUCCGGGGGCGUCCCGGCUCCUCCUACUCCAGGUCCCUCCCGGGCAGCGCCCUGGAGCUGCGCCCCCCCCAGAGCCCCCUGGGGACCCCCCCGGAGCCCCCGCGCAGGAGGAGGGGGAGGGGCUGGGGGGCACCCAGAGAGGAGGACUGGGAGCGGGGGCCCCUCCCCCCCCCCGAGGGUUCGGACGAGGAGGAGCCGCGGGUGGGGGGAGGGGCCGAGCUCCCCUCCCCCCCCGGGGGCCAAACGGACGUGCAGACCCUGGCGGUGAUGCUGCAGGAGCAGCUCGAGGCCAUCAACAAGGAGAUCAAGCUGAUCCAGGAGGAGAAGGAGAGCACGGAGCUGCGCGCCGAGGAGCUCGAGAGCCGCGUGGGGGGGGCGGGGCUGGAGGGGACCCCCCCCGGUGGGGGAGGGGCGAGGUUCAGGGGGGAACGGGGGGACCCCUCCCCCAAAAUCAAUUUGCUGUUGCAGAAUCACGUGACCAAGGAGGAGGAGAAGGGGGGGGGAGGGGCCGGGGACCCCCCCGGACCCCCCAGGACCCCCCGGAACGAGCGGGGGGGGGGAGGAGCCCCCCCAGGAGGGGUGGAGGAGGGGCGGGACCCCCGAGUGGGGCCCCCCCUCCCCGAGGACCCCCACAAGACCCCCCCAAAAAAGAAAAGCAUCAAAUCUUCCAUCGGGCGCCUCUUCGGCAAGAAGGAGAAGGGGAGGCUGGGACCCCCCCCCCGGGACGCGCCCUCGCUCGCCGGGACCCCCUCGGACGAGCUGGGCCCCCCCGACGCGCUGGGCUUGGCCAAACUGCCGGGGGGAGACAAAGAUCGGCGCAGCAAGAAAAAGCACGAGCUGCUGGAGGAAGCCUGCAGGCAGGGGCUCCCGUUCGCCGCCUGGGACGGCCCCACCGUGGUGUCCUGGCUCGAGGUGUGGGUGGGGAUGCCAGCCUGGUACGUGGCCGCGUGCCGCGCCAACGUGCGCAGCGGGGGGGUCCUGGCCAACCUCUCGGACCCCGAGAUCCAGCGGGAGUUGGGGAUCUCCCACCCCCUGCACCGGCUGAAACUGCGCCUGGCGGUGCGGGAGAUGGUGUCCCUGACCAGCCCCAGCGCCCCUCCUUCAUCCAGAACGUGCACGGGGAACGUGUGGAUGACGCACGAGGAGAUGGAGUCACUUCCGGCCACGCCCAACGCGGAACCGCGGGAAAUCAGCUGGGAGCAGAUCCUGGCGCACGGGGACAUGAACCACGAGUGGGUGGGGAACGAGUGGCUGCCCAGCCUGGGGCUGCCCCAGUACCGCAGUUACUUCAUGGAGUCGCUGGUGGACGCGCGGAUGCUCGACCACCUGAGCAAGAAGGAGCUCAGGGGGCAGCUCAAGAUGGUCGAUUCCUUCCACAGGGUGAGCCUGCACUACGGCAUCAUGUGCCUGAAGCGCCUCAACUACGACCGCAAGGAGCUGGAGCGGAGGAGGGAGGAGAGCCAGGGGGGCACCUCCGAUGUGGUGGUGUGGUCCAACGAGCGGGUCAGUGCCUGGGUCAGCUCCGUGGGGCUCCGGGAAUUCGCUCCCAACCUGGGCGAGUCGGGCGUGCACGGGGCGCUGCUGGCGCUGGACGACACCUUCGACUGGGCUGACCUGGCCCUGCUGCUGCAGAUCCCCACCCAGAACACACAGGCCCGGCAGCUCCUCCAGCAGGAAUUCUCCUCUCUCAUCUCCGCGGGCACCGAGCGGCGCCUCGAUGAGGACGCCCCCAGACCCUUUUCUCGCUCCCCCUCCUGGCGGAAGCUGUUCCGGGAGAAGGAAUUGAGGGGAGGGGGUCCGGACGCCCCCGAGAUUCUCCCCCCAAAUUUUAGGGGGGGGUCCCUGGGGACCCCAACCCUGCCCAGCCCCGGGCAGCGCAAAACCCCGGCGGAAGGGAAUUCGCUGCCCCCCCCGCGGGGGGAGGGGGGGGUCUCGGUCCGGACCUACUCGUGCUGAGGGUCCCACCCGGGGUCCCCACCCCCAACUCCCCAAACCCGGGGGGGGAAUUUUGGGGACCCCCCCCGAAAUUGCUGCUAAAAAAGGGGGGGAGGGGCCCGGGGGGUCCCCAAAAUUUUGGGAGAUUUCCCCU